AUGAUUCUUUCUCCAGCUGCGUCAAAUGCAAGCCUCCCGUCCCAGGGCUUCUGGGGCAGGUUCAAGACUCCCAAGAACAAGGAGCAGCAGCUGCCCCAUAGACAGCCAGAGAUGGCCCUGGCAAGGCAGCGCCUCCUCACCCUCGCCUUCGGCGACAUGGAGACAAUUCGGAUGCUACCGCCGACCUUCAUGGAACUCGACGGGCUAGCUCGAGACUGGGUCAAACCUCCCCCAGAUGUCAUGUACAGUCUCCGAGUGCCGACCGAGUUUGCGUCCCUUCAUGCAUCACGACUGGUUGCAGGACCGUAUAUCUAUUUGACUGGAGAGGACUCCUACCAAAUUGCGACGAUGGGGGUGCAGGGUCUACGAGUAGAGAUCGUCAGCGACGGUCCACCCCCGCCCGAGGAUGAGCCUCCUCCGCCGCCGCCUCCGCCUGUGCUCGAGAUGCCAGCGACCUUCAGUCUGGAACUGAGUCCUGGUCAACAGGUUGCGCUAGACACAACCGUGACAUCUGACGAGCUCGACAUGGCGCGCAUGGAGGACGGCACGACGGUUGACGGCUCCUUUUGGGGCAAGCUCGACAUCGUGCACUCGGGCGACACGCACCAGAUGGAGUUCUCCGGAACGCGUCUCACGAACACGGAGAAUGUCUCGACGGACCUCAUCGUCGACGCACGCGUCAUCAACAAGCUCGCUGCGGUCGCGAAGCCCUCCACGGCCAAGUGCCAUCUCAGUGUCCUCGCGCCGACACAGCAGUACGUCGACGUUGUGCUCUCCCUAUCGCCCUACUGGAAGCUGGGCAUCACAUGGCCGCCGGCGGAGCCGGUUGACGAGAACAAGUUCAAAUACUUCGUGCGCGUGCACCCCGGUGGUGCGAUGGAGCAUUUUGAGACCGAAACGACUGUAACGUCCCUGUAUUACGAAGCAGUACCCGAUCCCGCUAUGGUAGAGCCGACCGAAUUUAUCUCUCCCAGAAAUAGCUAUGCAAUGUCCUUCCAGGACUUCGUGCCGCAUCUCUUCAACGUCAUGGGCCAACUCGGCUUGUCUCUGCGCGCCCGAACCGACUUUGUCCAAAACAAUAUGAACGCCUUGACACAGCACCGGAACAUCGCCUACAGGUUCAUGAGCCCCGCCAAGAUCGCGUCCGCGGUGGACAUCUCCGUCACGGCGGAGAACUGCAUUUUCACGCGGCUAUUCCUGAUGUUCCGCGGCGUGUCCGACGACGAGAUGACCCUGUUUUCAGGCGCGGGCGAGAAGGAGGCGCUGGCGGUCAACUGGCGUGCGCACGUCGCCUGGACGGAGCACAGCAAGGACCCAGAGCAGUUCCGUGUGCUCGAGAUCUCGAUCCUCGAGGUGACGUAGACGCGGCGUGCCGCACUGCGCCAGCCUCAUUUAUUCAGUAUUUUUGGUGAUUGUUGUGUGUUCUCCUCGAUUUAGCCUCUUGAUUCUUUCUUCUCUUCGCGUCGUUGUUGUCUUCCGCUGGCAUCGCAUCUGUCUCCUAGGUUAUCACGGCUGCUUCUCCUUUCUCCCCAUCUAUAUUGUCCAAUCCUGGUCCUGGUCGCCUCCCCAUCCCCACCUGUAGUCUUAUUGCUCAUCUAGUCUCCGUCUUGCGCGCGCGCCUUCGGCGGUCUCGUGCGGAUGCUGCACUGCUACCUACAGUGUAUAUCACGCUUUGGAAUACGUACGUACGAUAUACCUCCUCCCACCACGGACAGAAGUCCCCCUGCUGUCUUCGCUGUCGUAGUAGUAAUGAUCAUGACCAUGUAGCGAUUCCUUUCCCGUGUCUUCUCCUGAUUCUUCUCUCCCCCCUCUCUAUCUGCAGCUUCGUGU